UGUGCCACAGACAGCAAACAGAGCAUCAACCUAAAUAAAGAUGAAGACAUCCAUGGUCUUCUUACUAAUACUGAUAUUCUGCUAUCUUUGCAGAGCUCAGGAACACAGUCAUGACAAUGACAUCCUGCUACAAGGUGUCGAGAAUAAAGCUGAGGAAGGUGUACAAGAGCUGGAGCGUCAAACUGACAUGUUGGCAGAGCUGAUCGCCCUGAGAGAAAUGGUGGUAGAGCAGAGUGUAGAGUUAAGACAUCUGACAGCCAGAGUAACAGCUGCUGAGAACCUGGUGGAGAAACUACAGAUGGAGAAUUCAGCCAUGGAGGCCAGAAUGACCACUACUGAGAACCUGAUGGAGAGACUGCAGAUGGAGAAUUCAGCCAUGGAGGCCAGGAUGACCGCUGCUGAGAGCAUGGCAGAGGAACUGCAGAUGGAGAAUGAUGCUCAAGCUACAGAGCUUGCAGUCUCUCAAGAGAAACUCAGCUCUCUGCAGCAAAGGGUGACAGUCAGUGAAAACCAUGUAGCGGAGCUGGAGAGACAGCAGGAAGUGAGAAAACUGGCGUUCUCUGUAUCCCUUCUGGAAUCUGGGGAAGGUAACACAGAAAAAGAAGACGUUCAACUCAUCUACAGAAAAAUCUUUACCAACGUUGGAAACCACUACAACCCAAACACAGGUUACUUCACUGCACCAGUAAAAGGAAUCUAUUACUUUCGAUUUACUGGCCAUAUAGCACACUCUGACGCAUCUAUGAGGAUGGGACUCUUCAAGAAUAGUGAUCGCAUCGUUACUUCAGGUGACCGUGCUACCACAUCUACAGAUCCUGAGGACAAUGCAUCCAAUGGUGUAGUGGUGCAGUUGGAAGUGGGAGAUGUUGUUUCAGUACAACUUUUUGGAAAAAUCUGGGAUGACCAGUAUCACAGAUCAACCUUUAGUGGUUUUCUGCUCUUUGCCUUGUAGGAUAUUAUAAUUGUUGCCAUUCACGCCAUUAAAGGGUCUUAAUCACAAA